GAACCCGUGGUCACCAACACAGAGCGAAGCAGCAGUAACUGCCUUCUCUCCUGGUUAACGAGGGUGAAGACGGACGAACGGUCGUCGGUCGGAGAUGGGCCUGCGAGAUCUGGUGAUGGGACGCUCCGUCUGCGCGGCGCCGGGAUCGUCGUCCUCCUCCUCCAACCCCAUCAGCUCCUUCGUCGACGCCUUCCUUGGCCACUCCCCUGAGCUUAAAAAGGAACUUUCAACAACGGCAGUUCUCCUGAAAACUUCUUCUGAUCUGUUCAAGGAUGUUCGUUUAUCAACAGUUCCAGGCAAUGAGAAUGAGAUCGAGCUAGAUCAGAAAUCUCCCAGAAGCAUAAAGGACUUCGUUAAUGGGCAUCAUGGAUACACUUGUGGUGAAAAUUUUAAAACCUCAAUUCUUGCCGUUCCUGAAGUCAGUGGGAGCGACCCUCACUUUCAAGAGUCAGCACAAAUUGGUACUGUUACCAGCAUGAAGUUCAUGCCCAAAUUUGAUGGUCCACCAGAGAUGGAUGUUCAUCAUCGUUUGCAUCAAAGUCCAUUUGAACAAUAUGAUGUUUUGAUGCAACCCAAAGAAUGUUUACAAGAACUGGUUAACAGAUCAAUGCUCUAUACAGAUGUUGUUUAUGGUAAUGAAAUGGGAUGGCCUCGAAAAAUACGGCAUCCACAAAUGGUAUAUUGUGGUAGGAUCUCUGAGUUUGAACAGGCUCAGUCGGCUGAAGAUCAGAUAGAUAGAACAGAGAUUACAAACAUGGUAGUUUUGGCGCAAUCUGAUACGCAUGAACAAACUUCAGCGCAUGAUGAUUAUUCCAAAUGUCAGGGACUGGGCAUGACGAGCGUUGAUGAAUUUUCAGGUGGAUGGUUGUCGUUCCUCGGGAUUGCGCUAAGCCACCUGGCCGGCCUUUCUCAGCCAAGGUUUUUUGACGAGCCGAUCAAAUGGUAUGAGCAGGUGAUCGGACGUCGUGUAUGGAUCAAAAUAGAAGGGCUGCAGCAACGCUCUGGGUGGUCGGUUAUAGUGGAAGCUACGCGCAAAACACUCUUUGACGCCUUACAGGAUGCGGCAAUGCUAGCAGUUGUUACAAUGAGGAUACAUUUCCCUCUUGAGUUCCGAGGCACUCCGUUCACGGUUCUGCCCAUGGAGCCUGGACAGAGGAGCAAACUAGAUUAUCCUGCAAUAGGGGGAGGUGCUGAGGCUGCCACUUUUAUGGGUAUCAAUUACGAUGAUUUGGCGACUCUUCAGUGGCAGCGUUUCGCGUCCCUCCACCGUGAACGCUGGGAGUCUGAUGAAGCUUUCGAGGAGAAAAUCUUACAGAAAUUGCAAUCACUUGAAGUGGCCGGGAAGAUGUUGAAAGGGCUCCCUCCAACGCGGGAGAUUGAUCAAAGAAUUGCAGAUAUAUUAAAGAUGUAUAAUAAGGUGGAAGAUCCUCUUGUUGCGGGUGACUGCGGUUGGUCUGUGUCAGUUUCAAACAAGAUGCAGAAGGCAGAGUCGUUGCAGGUGCCAUCUGAUCAGGAGGAGAUACCGGCUGCAAGCUCCCCAACAGUAUCGGUCCGGUCCAGGCUUUGAGAUCCACCAGUUUGUGUUGGUCAAACUAUGAUUACAAUUCUACCUGUGUUGUAGAUGUAAUGGUUAUAUCCUUUGAGAUUUAGGGUCAUGACAUGGUGCCGUGAACUCUGUUAUAAUCAGACCUCCUCUGUUGUAAACCAUGUAUGCGAAGACCUAUAUGAUGGGUCACCGAGGUGUUUUGUGGUACCCUCAAAUGAACCAGAUCCGUUCAUUUUGGCCAA